AAAGCGCGAUAGUCGAUAAAACCAACGCAAAUACACUGUCUCGAAAAGUGUGUUUCGUAAACAUCAUUUGGCUGAGAACACGUUUGCAUCAUGUCAUUGAACAAGUCUGCUCUGACGCUCUGUAAAUAUCUAGCCAGGAAUGGAUCGAGAAGAUUUCAAGGAACGACGGCAACAGCAGAAAAGCAACUUUACAAGGAAGACAAAUCCAGCAAAAGCCAAGUGGCAUUUGACUGGCGUGAUGCCCUCAACCUCAACAGCCUUUUGACGGAAGAGGAAAUAAUUGUGCGUGACCAGUUUCGAUCCUACUGCCAGGAAAAACUCAUGCCAAGGAUCCUUCUUGCAAACAGGAAUGAAGUGUUUGAUCCUGCUAUAAUGCGUGAGCUGGGCGAGCUGGGGGUGCUAGGACCCACCAUACAGGGCUACGGUUGUGCAGGACUCUCCUCCGUGGGGUACGGACUCCUGGCUCGAGAAAUCGAGAGGGUGGACAGCAGCUACCGGUCAGCGAUGAGCGUCCAGUCCAGUCUGGUCAUGUGGCCCAUCUAUGCGUACGGCACCGAGGAACAGAAGCAGAAAUAUAUUCCUAGACUAGCUAGAGGAGAGUUGAUUGGUGCUUUUGGUCUGACUGAACCCAAUCAUGGAAGUGAUCCGUCUUCAAUGGAGACUAACGCUAAGUACAACUCCUCCAAGAAGGCCUUCACCUUGAAUGGCUCCAAGUCAUGGAUCACCAACUCUCCCAUCGCUGAUGUGUUUGUUGUCUGGGCAAAGAGUGAUGUCGAUAACAACAAGAUCCGGGGAUUCAUCUUGGAGAGGGGAAUGAAAGGGUUAACUACCCCUAAAAUUGAGGGAAAGUUCUCGUUGCGAGCAAGUAUCACUGGACAGAUUGUGAUGGAGGACGUGGAGAUCCCGGAGGAGAACCUGCUCCCAGCUGUCAGUGGACUUGGGGGUCCAUUUGGCUGCCUGAACAAUGCAAGGUUUGGAAUUGCAUGGGGAAGUCUUGGAGCUGCUGAGUUUUGUCUGGAGACAGCCAGACAGUACAUGCUGGACAGGAAACAGUUUGGUAAGCCUUUGGCCAAGAACCAACUACCUCAGAAGAAGAUGGCGGACAUGUUGUCAGAAAUUUCCAUUGGCCUUCAGGCAUGUCUCCAGGUUGGGCGUCUGAAGGACCAAGGGAGAGCUCCCCCAGAGAUGAUUUCUCUGAUCAAGAGGAACUCCUGCGGCAAAGCUCUUGAGAUUGCCCGCAACUCCCGGGACAUGCUGGGAGGGAAUGGCAUCUCUGACGAGUAUCACAUCAUCAGACACGUCAUGAAUCUGGAGUCGGUUAACACAUACGAAGGCACCCAUGACAUCCAUGCACUGAUCCUUGGCCGAGCCAUAACUGGACUGCAGGCGUUUACCGCGGAUUAAUGAAGACUCGUGAAAUCUAGUCAGGCAAACCCCAAGUGUUGGAAACAUGUCUGCUGCAUUAAAAUAUCUAAGGUGUUCUUCAUCAGUGAGCGAGUUUGGGCAUGAAGUAUCACAUGUUUCUGGUUGUGCAACAGGGGAUUGCUAUUGUUUAAGGUCAUUUCCAAGAGCUUAACCCAGUAAUCGGUACACACAGAACCGAUUUCGUACACACAAAAAAAAAGAUCUUAAUGCUCGCUACUGCUACACAUUGAUCUGAAGACAUCCCAAUACAGGUCAUGUCAGAAUGACCUUUUGCGAACUUGACCGACCAAUGACUGACAAGAAGUCAACAUUAGCAAAUCAGAAAGUAGCUUUCUUUCUCUUUAUGUUACAAAAUUCAAUCUGGUGACUUCAUUCUAGACUACUCUUUGACAGAAUAUCAAUUCAAUGUUUGUAAACUGAACAAAAGAAAAUUCUGGAAUGUCUAAUAGAUGGUCAAGAUUGUAUGACAGUACUUCACAAAGGCUGUGGAAAGUCUUUUCUGUUUCAGUUGUUUAUCCAAUUGAAGCAAAAGAUAGACAAUGAUUUUAAUGGACUCAGUCAUACAGCCUGUCACCGUCUUUCGGAAACCUUUUUGGAGGUUGCAUGAUUAGAAAACACAUUCCGACUGUCACUUUCCUGAUCUAGUAAGUGAUGCUCUGAUUUGUUGGAUGAUGUCUUCCCGAGGCAAGGGAGAUAACCGACUGUAAAAGUCCAGUUUCCACCCUUGCCGAACUAGGCUGGAAUUAUAGAGUUAGAUUUUGGCUAGACCAACAAGUCAAAACAUAGUCCAAUCAAAAUUGCGUAAUGAAAUCGAUGCAGGAUCGAUUGCAGGAUUUGCAAAGCAUGUGUACCAUCAACUCAGUGUAAACAGAUAUUUUCCAAUUGUUUAAUCAAAAUGCUCACAAGAUUUGAUACACCUUGUGAAUUGUUAUCGAUCAGAUUGUCUUCACUUGGCAAUGCCAUUUUGUUUGAAGCAAAUGCAAGUGUUAUUAUAGGUGGAAUCUGAUUGGUCAGUAGGAGGGAUAUAGAAGGGACAUAACUCAUAAUAGCC